CUCAGACUCGGAAGGGUUUUUAGCGACUUCCGCUUUCCCGGCGGUGGCCCUUGUGUAGUGAGAAGCGACUAAAACUGCUGGCGGCAUGCGGGGACCGGGAGUAGGUUCGGGGCUCUCCGGUGAGCGAGGGUUGUCAGGGCAGGAGGCUGGCGCGGACACGGAGGUGGCGGAACUGCUGCCCUUCCUGGUUCCCGGAGCGCGAGCAGACCUGCAGGCGGCCGCGGCGCAGCACGUGCUGGCUCUGACUGGUGUGGGCUCGGGCCGCACGCUGUUGGCUGGACAGACAGCGUUGUUGCGGGCUUUGAUCGACCUAGCGGUGGCCCCGACCCCAGCUCCUUCCCGCGAUGCCUCCCGUGCGCUGGUGAACUUGGCUGCUGAUCCGGAUCUGCACUGGCAGAUGCUGGCGGCGGACCCGGAGCUGCCUGUCCGCCUGCUGCUUUGCGUGUUGGACCCUCAGUGGCCCUGGGCUGAAGAGUUGGCUGCAGUGCUGGCCAACCUGAGUCGCGAGCCGGCUCCGUGUGCUGCGUUAACGGAGAAGCUGAUGGCCGCUGAGCCCGAGCGGCUGGGUCUGGAGCGGCUUGUCAACGCGCUGUGCAUGCCCAGUUACAACGCGUCCGCACCCCUGCAUUACCUGGGGCCGUUGCUCUCCAACCUUAGCCAGCAGGCGGAGGUGCGUGCUUUUCUCCUGGACCCGGACAGGUGCGUGGUCCAACGACUAUUGCCACUUACCCAGUACACAGACUCCUCGGUGCGCAGGGGCGGGGUGGUGGGAACACUUCGGAAUUGCUGUUUUGAACAUCGACACCACAAGUGGUUACUCGGGCCCCAAGUCGACAUUCUCCCCUUCUUGCUACUGCCCUUGGCUGGGCCUGAAGAGUUUUCCGAGGAAGAGAUGGAGGAGCUGCCCGUUGACCUGCAGUACCUAUCACCAGACAAGCAGAGAGAGCCGGAUGCUGACAUCCGAAAGAUGCUCAUUGAAGCCAUCAUGCUGCUGACAGCCACCGCACCUGGUCGGAAGCAAGUACGGGAUCAGGGUGCUUACUUGAUCCUUCGAGAGUUAUAUGCCUGGGAGUCAGAGCCUGAUGUGCGAAUGGCUUGUGAGAAGCUUAUCCAGGUGCUUAUUGGGGAUGAGCCAGAGGUUGGCAUGGAAAACCUGCUGGAGGUGCAGGUACCUGAAGAUGUGGAACGACAGCUCCAAGAGCUAGACCAGCAAGAACAGCAAGAGCUUGCUCAAGAGCGAAGAGACAAGGGUGCCCCACGGACCUGAAGCCCCUUUGGCCCACCUUUGCCAGGGUUCCCACGGGGUUCUAGGGUAAAUGCCCAGUAAGUGUUGAGAAGCUCGAGGAUAAUACUGCCCAAUCCCGUGCCCUGUUGCAACCAGCACUAAUGCGUGCUGUUCAGAGCUGCACCCUGGAGGUGGAGCCGGCCAGGUCCUGUGUCACAGCUGCCUAUAGAUGAGGCAGGAUGCCCGUCGUCACUGGAACUAGGAGGAGCCUGUUCCCAGACUGAUAGGACUGGACUGGAAACACUGCAAGCCCUGGGAAGCCAACUAGUUUUUCAUCCCUGCAGGCACUGAAGGGUCUGGACGUGGUUAGGCUUAGAGAUAGAAACAGCGCUGUGAGCAGUCCUUUGGAGUCCUUUUGCUCUCCUUGCCUAAGACCUUGAAAGCAGACUACACUCGGAUCCCAGGGGCUUCCUAGAAUGCUCUGCCCUUCUAGGCCUGUCUUUGGGUCGCUUGCUGGGUAUCGUUGCCCAUUCUAUCUCUAUUUCUCUGCUUCAUCUGUCAACCUCCUCAGUCUCAGGCUGAAUUGGGACUCAGCCCUUCAAAUAGAACCUACUCCUCGGUUAACCUCUUCAAGCCUUUCAAGACAUCCAGACCCUCCUGUUGGGCAGAGAUUCUCCUGCAUGUUCUUCCAGCAUUCAUGAUCCUACCCCCAACAUCUGGAGCCUACUCCGUGUAUGCACCCUGUCUUUCUAAUCCUGUAGAUACCAUGCCCUACUGCAUCCCCUUUUCUGAGCCACAGAUCUUUGCUCCACCUGUGUGUGCUGUUUUCCUCAGGAAGAGGUCCUUCCAGGUCCCCGACACCUGUAGUCUUCAUGGGAGUUUGCAGUGUUCCAGCUUCAGAGGAAGGCUGGUGUAUGUGUUAUCAUUGCAUGGCUAGGUGUUUUCAUUGAAUACCAGGAGUCUUCUCCCCUCUUCCCCCAAUGAUGCUCUCCAGAACUCUUGUUAAAGCUUUGACGCUAUUGACACACA